AUGGCCUCAACUGAUAUGUUGGAAGAUGAUACAUUGACGGAGGAUUCGUCAAACAUAACUUUUGAUAGAGAUAGGCAUGUUAUGUAUUUUAAAAGAUGUAUGAAUUAUCUUCCUGAGCCAUACACAAGUAACGAUACAAAUAGAAUGACACUUGCCUUCUUCGGUCUUGGCGGAAUAGACCUCUUAAACAAGAUAGAGACAAUCUACUCACCAGUGCAAAGAGAGCAAUGGAUUGACUGGAUAUAUGCGCAACAGAUUCUUCCAGAUAAGGACAAUCCAGAAUUAAAUCGACAGAUUUGUGGAUUUCGCGGUUCACCGUUCUCAGGAUUACCUUACAAUCCGCAAGGAUGUCAUGAAUCGAGAUUCCCAUUUGAUGCAGCUCAUAUAGCAAUGACAUAUACGGCUUUAUGCACUCUUCUCAUUCUCGGAGAUGAUUUUUCUCGAAUAGAUCGGGAUGCCAUCGUAAAUGGGCUAACUUAUCUGCAAAAGGACGAUGGAAGCUUUACUCAGACGUAUAAUGGGAUGGAAUCGGAUAUGAGGUUCUUGUAUUGUGCUUGUGCUAUAUCCUACAUGUUGAAAGAUUUCAGCGGUAUCGAUAUUGGAAAGUGCAUAGAGUACAUAAGGCGGAGCCAGGGAUAUGACUAUGGUAUAGCACAAAAGCCAGGACUAGAGUCUCAUGGAGGCUCUACGUAUUGCGCAAUAAGUGCGUUGAGUCUGUUAAAUAAGAUAGAUGAAGGACUCAUAUCAAAGGACAGGACUAUAUUUUGGCUAUUGUCGCGUCAAGUGUCUGGAUUUCAAGGGCGUGCAAACAAACCAGAAGACACAUGUUACUCCUUCUGGAUUGGUGCUUCAUUGAAGAUUUUGGGUGUAUUUGAUCUUAUUGAUAAAGAGGCCAAUCGUCUCUUUCUCUCCACUACCGAGUGUCAUCACGGUGGUUUCUCAAAAUGGCCCGAUCUGGUACCUGACAUAAUGCACGCAUACAUGGGAAUUGCAGGCUUAUCGUUAAUGGAUGAGCCAGGAAUGUCUACGCUAGAUUGUGCGCUGAAUAUUUCGGGGAAAGCUCGACAGAAUUUGGAAAAUAGCGUAUUCUGGCAGGGAGAUUAG